AUGAUUCAUUUCCCGCGUGAAUAUUUUAAUCAUUCCACUUCUCAAUUCAAAUUUGAUGCCCCAGCUUUCGUUCCAGGGAAGAAAGAGGAAACUUCGGAAGUGACACCGCAAAUUGUAGCGACUAGCCUUGAGAAAAACAAACCUAAAAACGUACUUCUGAGUACAGUUCGCGCACAUGUUAAAAAUAAAUUUUCUGAGUGGAUUGAAGUUAGAUGUUUGCUGGAUGUUGGGUCUCAAUCAUGUUUGUGUACUAAGGCGUGCGCGGAGAGGUUGCAAUUAAGAUUGGAGAAAAUAAAUACAAUGGUUUCGUGUGUUAAUGAUGCAACUAUGGUAGUAAACAAAUGUGUUAGAACUUUAGUGGCAAAUAAGGAUAAGAGUUUUGUUAGAGAAUUAACGAUGCUAGUGGUUGACAAAAUUACUGAUCUCAUUCCAAACAAAAUAAUUGAUGCGGAUGUUAGUGUUUCAGAGUUCGUGUCAUUAGCUGAUAAUAAUUUCAACAAACCUGAGAAAAUUAAUAUGUUAUUAGGUGCGGAGGUGUUUUACGAAUUGUUAAGGCCAGGACGAUUUUAUGCUCAAAAUUCCAAUUUGUUGCAAAAUACUGUGUUUGGUUUUGUCGUGAGUGGCGGCGUUGAUCAGGUAGAUUUUGGUCAUGUUCAUUGUGGGCUGAUUCUUGACGAUGACUUGAAUAAAACUUCAAAACGAUUUUGGGAAAUUGAAAAUGUCGAAGUAGAAUUUGCAAAGGACACAGACGCGUCUUUGUGUGAGGAUCAUUUUGUAAGCACCCAUAGAAGAAAUGCAAAUGGUAGAUAUGUAGUUGCAAUGCUCUUGAGUAAGGACCCGUCGUGUCUUGGACAGUCUAAGAACAUAGCUUUGAGGCAACUUAAUUGUUCGUGGAAGCGUUUGUCUAGGGACUCAAGAGUAUUUUUUGUUAUAUCUGGAUUUCUUGCGUAA